GAAUUGUUGUAAAUGUUGAUUUUGUUGUUGUAUUUUGAUUUGAGUGUUAUUGGUGUUUGAAAAUUGAAAUUACAUUAUAUUUGAAUUGGGUGUUAUUGAGUAUUUUCUGAAUGUUGAUUUCUAUAUAGAAGAUUUUGUAAGAUUAAGUAGAAAUAGCUUAUGUGGGUUAGAUAUAGUAUAUUUACAUAGAAAGGAAGAACUUUUGUAAAACCCUAACCCUCCGAAUUCCAAUUUGCUGCGGUUUCAAAGGGAAAUUUCAUCUCUCUCUACCGAUUAUGGAUUACGGAUUACAGAUUUCAAAUUUCAUUCCAGUUUUCUUGUUUUAUCCUUUGAAUUUCGAGAUAUUGAAGGGUUGUAAUAAUGGGAGGAAUGUUGACCGGGGGUGUGCCUGCAAAUCAAAACAACCAGGAAGCAAUCACCAAAGCCUCUGAGCAGAAUCAAAAACCAAAAAAGAAGAUUUGUUGUGCAUGCCCUGAUACUAAGAGGCUUAGAGACGAAUGUAUAGUAGAGCACGGCGAAGAUGCAUGUACCAAAUGGAUCGAGGCACAUAAGCAAUGUCUUCGUGCUGAGGGCUUUAAUGUUUAGAACAAUCAGGAUAUGGAAAUAUGGACCACCUGACAUUAUGCAGGGUAGGUAGUUCCUUUUGGGUUUAUACACUUUUUUUUUUUAUCACAUUUACGUGAAUAAAAUCUAGAAAACAAUUUGAGACGAACUCUUUUUUUGCAUUAUCAUCUCAUUUUUGUACACUCUGGUGAUCAUUAUGAUGAUAUUCAUGAUAUAGAGAUGCUAGAUAUAUAUAUAGUAGGCUACAUUUUGUGUUCCA